UUUACAGAGUUACACUUUAAUAUCAACCUGUUUCCUCCUCCUCCUUCUCCUCCUUCUUCUCCUCCUCCUCGGUGACCUCCUUCUCCUCCCCUUUCUCCGGAGAAACUUCGCCCCGGCGGUGCGGAGCGCCGCUGCGCAGCCGGGGGAGGACGCAGGCAAGGCGGAGGGCAGCGGGAGGCGGCCACCGGUGCGGUACCCGGGGCUCUUGGCGGAGCCCCGGCCCGCCUCGCCAUGGCCCGGAGACCCCGGCACAGCAUAUACAGCAGCGAUGAAGAUGAUGAAGACAUUGAGAUGUGUGACCAUGACUACGAUGGGCUGCUGCCCAAAUCUGGAAAGCGUCACUUGGGGAAAACUAGGUGGACAAGGGAAGAGGACGAAAAGCUGAAGAAGCUGGUGGAGCAGAAUGGGACAGACGACUGGAAAGUCAUCGCCAACUAUCUGCCCAACCGGACAGAUGUGCAGUGCCAACACCGGUGGCAGAAAGUGUUGAACCCUGAGCUCAUCAAAGGCCCCUGGACCAAAGAAGAAGAUCAGAGAGUGAUAGAGCUCGUCCAGAAAUACGGUCCGAAGCGUUGGUCUGUUAUUGCCAAGCACUUAAAAGGGAGAAUUGGAAAACAGUGUCGGGAGAGGUGGCACAAUCAUUUGAAUCCAGAAGUUAAGAAAACCUCCUGGACAGAAGAGGAAGACAGAAUCAUUUACCAGGCACACAAGAGGCUGGGAAACAGAUGGGCAGAAAUCGCAAAGCUGCUACCCGGACGGACUGAUAAUGCGAUCAAGAACCACUGGAAUUCCACCAUGCGUCGCAAGGUGGAACAGGAAGGCUACCUGCAGGAGCCUUCCAAAGCCAGCCAGACGCCAGUGGCCACUAGCUUCCAGAAGAACAAUCAUUUGAUGGCGUUUGCUCAUGCCUCACCUCCGUCGCAGCUCUCCCCAACUGGCCAGUCCUCAGUCCACAGCGAAUAUCCCUAUUACCACAUUGCUGAAGCACAAAACAUUUCCAGUCACGUUCCAUAUCCUGUCGCGUUGCAUGUGAAUAUAGUCAAUGUCCCCCAGCCAGCUGCUGCAGCUAUCCAGAGACACUAUAACGAUGAAGACCCUGAGAAGGAAAAGCGAAUAAAGGAACUGGAGUUGCUCCUGAUGUCAACAGAGAAUGAGCUGAAGGGACAGCAGGCAUUACCAACACAGAACCAUCCGUGCAGCUACCCCGGAUGGCACAGCGCCUCCACUGUGGACCAGACUAGACCUCAUGGAGACAGCGCACCUGUUUCCUGUUUGGGAGAACAUCACGCCACCCCAUCCCUGCCUGCAGAUCCUGGCUCGCUACCUGAAGAAAGUGCCUCACCAGCAAGGUGCAUGAUCGUCCACCAGGGCACCAUUCUGGACAAUGUUAAGAACCUCUUAGAAUUUGCAGAAACACUCCAAUUUAUAGAUUCUGAUUCUUCAUGGUGUGAUCUCAGCAGUUUUGAAUUCUCUGAAGAAGAGGCAGCUUUUUCACCUAGCCAGCAGCACACAGGCAAAGCCUUCCAGCUUCAGCAAAGAGAGGGCCAUGGGACUAGACCUGCAGGAGAGCCUAGCCUGAGGGUGGCCAGGCGAGUGCUGAGCGAGGCUUCCCUUGGCCCAGCCAAAGCCUCACCUCAAGCGAGGCCCAGCAAGGCGCUAGUCGUCCAACGAAAAAGGCGGGGCCAGGCCAGCCCCCUAGCCGCGGGAGACUCUAGCUCCUCCCUCUUUGCUGACGUCAUCAGCUCAACUCCCAAGCGUUCCCCUGUCAAAAGCCUACACUUCUCUCCCUCACAGUUCUUGAACACUUCCAGCAACCAUGAAAACUUGGGCUUAGAUACGGCUACCUUACCCUCCAGUCCUCUCAUUGGUCAUAAACUGACACCAUGUCAUCGAGACCAGACUGUGAAAACCCAGAAGGAAAAUUCCAUCUUUAGAACUCCAGCUAUCAAAAGGUCAAUCCUCGAGAGCUCUCCUAGAACUCCCACACCGUUCAAACAUGCCCUUGCAGCUCAAGAAAUUAAAUAUGGUCCCCUGAAGAUGCUACCUCAGACCCCCUCUCACGUAGUGGAAGACCUACAAGAUGUGAUCAAGCAGGAAUCUGAUGAGUCUGGAAUUGUUGCUGAGUUUCAAGAGAAUGGACCACCGUUACUGAAGAAAAUCAAGCAGGAGGUGGAGUCACCCACUGAUAAAGCAGGAAACUUCUUCUGCUCAAACCACUGGGAAGAGAGCAGCCUGAGCACGCAGCUGUUCGCCCAGGCGUCUCCUGUGGCAGAUGCCCCCAAUAUUCUUACCAGCUCUGUUUUAAUGACACCCGUAUCUGAAGAUGAAGGCAAUGCUCUCAAAGCCUUUACCGUACCUAAGAACAGGCCCCUGGUGGGCCCCUUGCAGCCCUGUGGCGGUGCCUGGGAACCAGCGUCCUGUGGGAAGACAGAGGACCAGAUGACGGCCUCCGGUCAGGCUCGAAAAUAUGUGAACGCCUUCUCAGCUCGAACUCUGGUCAUGUGAGACAUUUCCAGAAAAGCAUUAUGGUUUUCAGAACACUUACAGUUGACUUUUGACGUAUCCAUUCCUCAACAUGGAGCUCUCCAUGGCUGAGAGAAGAGCCUAUUUUUGUUGUGGUACAACAGUUGAGAGCAGCACCAAGUGCAUUUUAGUUGCUUGAGAUCUCACUGGAUUUCACCCAACUAAAAAGGAUUUUUUUAAAAAAAAAUUAAUGAAUAACAGUCUUACCUAAAUUAUUAGGUAAUGAAUUGUAACCAUUUGUUAAUAUCAUAAUCAGAUUUUUUUUUAAAUAUAAUGACUUAUUUGUAUUUUAGAGGAUCCAACAGAUCAGUAUUUUUGACUGUGGUGAAUUUUAAAAAAAAAUUUACACAAAGAAAUAUCCCAGUAUUCCAUGUAUCUCAGUCACUAAACAUACACAGAGAUAUUUUUAAAAACCAGGAAAAGCAUUAUUAUGAAUGUUAGCUAAAUACCAAGUAAUACUUAAUGCAACCUAUAAGAACUCAUUUGUGGUUAAUAAUUUUGGAAAUAUCUUUAUUGUACUAAACCAUUUCAUGAGGAGAAUUUUGUUAUCAGCUUGCUUGAAAAGUUAUUACUGUAUGAAAUAGUUUUAUUAAAAAUUAUAUUUUUAUUCAGUAAUUUAAUUUUGUAAAUGCCAAAUGGAGAAAUGUGUUCGCUGCUAUGGUCUUAGUCUUUAGUCAUGCUGCUGGUUAGUGUCAGGUGGGCAGUGGAGCUUAGAGGAAGAGAAAGAGACUUGGUGUUAGAUAAUGAACUAUGCACUAGUAUUCCAGACUUUUUUAUUUUUAUAUAUAUAUAUACCUUUUUCCUUUUGUAAUUGGAAAACUUAUUUGGGAGAAUUUUGCAUUUGUUGUACAUUUUCAUUUUUUUAGGAUUUUGUUGUUGUUGUUGUUAUUGUUGGUUUAUAAAAGCAUUGCACUUCUUUUUCUUU